UCCGGGCGGAACCAUUUUGUAGGCAGUCGGAGGAAGAUUUAUGGUGCUGCACACGCGCCGGCAACUUUGGACGGAUCCACAACGUUGUCAAGACGAAAUGUCUUGGCUAUUGUGAUUGUAGUCAAUCACAGGUAGGAUUGCUAGUUUUUAAACAGUUGUGCGUGUAUGGAUUUGGUGGGUUUAUACCACAAAGACAACUUCGCAUCAAGACUGACUCUGUAUCCCUGAUGUGGUCACUCUCUCAGGUACCUCGGAGGAGAACCAGGCUGUUAUGGUGAUAUUGGUCGAAUGGCAGCGGGCAGACCACUGGAGAAGCGUCAGGAUUCCAAUGACUGGUGACUCAGAAGACGCCAGUUUGGGGGCUCUGGCCUCUCCACUGGUGGGGUAUUUGGGAAAAGUUCAAGAGAGAGCGGCAUCUCUUGACAGUUGUCCAUGGUGCGUGUCCAAAGGCCAGACCUCAAUUCUGCACUCGUACCGCAUCAACCUGCAUGAGUCCAUCACACUGUGCACCAACCCUCAGUGCCUCUUCCCUCUGGUCAGUCGCCCCCUGGAGGAUGUUUUGGCCAGCUUGGUUCCAGCACAGUCAGCAGCUGAGAGCAGGAGGAGGAAGGCCUCUGCCCUGGAGGAAGAAGAAGAAGAGGAGGAGGAGGUCAGAGCCAAGUGUCUGCGCUCCAAUGACCUCCCUGGUUCUGAUCUGCCAAGUGUGACAGACAUCAACAAUGCCGAGAGCAGCGCUCCAAAUGGGACUGCUAACAGCCAUCAUGAGGCGGCUGUGACACAUAGCGAACACACAGCGGUCCCACCCGGACCGAAGUCUGGGCCGCACGAGGGUGGUGCUCCAGAUCAGACAGCACUUUGUGAUGCUGGUUCAGAGAAAUCUGAUUGUACUACAGCCACGAGGGGAGCCCUGCAGGGCCCAUCAGAUGAAGAACUACCCCUUCCCCUUUCUGAGAUGACGACGCUGGCUGUCGAAACGGACAUGACAAACAUGGACACCCACAGUUUGACCACUCCGCAGAACUGCCCGACAGCAGAGACGGAUCAGGGAGCAAGGUUGGGAGCAGAUGGAGAGGCAAUGGACCUGGUGUCCAUCCCUGAGCACCUCUUCUGGAGGAACAGUCACAACUUGUGCUGGCUGGAUGUCCUGCUGGUGAUUCUGGUGCACUGUCGCAGCCUGAGGAGGUGUAAGGCUCAACAGGAGCCUCAGCAAGCGGCCAUCUGGCAGCUGAUGAGCGGCUACGACGAAGCCUGCGCUGCCCUCCGUACUUGCCAGCAGACAGGAAGUAAUGGCAGCACCAUGGCGCCACGUGAUGCAGUACAACACGCCAACGACCACCUGCAGAGCCUCAGAACAUCAGUCUUUGAAUUGCUGCAGCCUCUGCUGCGCUGCAAACUCGGUGAGGGUCAAAGGGAGAGUCCCGUCUUUGCCAUGCCGCUGUUGCUAGCAAGGGACUCAUGGGCGGAGUCUCUUUUCCAGACCACCUUCUACUGGGAGUUUGAGUGUGCGGAUUGCCACACGGUCACCAGAGAAAAAGUCACAAAAACACUCGCCACUUUCACCAACAUCCUGCCUGACUGGCACCCACUCCGCGCGGUUCACUUGGCGCCGUGCAAUGUGUGCCAUGCGAAGAACCGGAGGAGGAGCAUGACACUGGAGAGUGUGGCUCCAGUGUUGGCGCUGCACUUUGUUGAGGGUCUUCCCCACAGUGACGUGGCCAUGCUGGCCUUCACCUUCAAGGGGUGCAGGUACACGGUCUCAGCGGUGGUCCAGUAUGACCACAGCGCCCAGCACUUUGUCUCAUGGACGUGCAGGCAGGAUGGAUCCUGGAUGGAGUUUGAUGACUUGAAACAUCCCCACAGCGUGGUCCACCCACAGCUCCCUGUUCCUGCUCAGGAGAUCCACAUGGUCUUCUGGGAGGCGGAGGAAGACUCCGGGCCUCGUGUGUGUACUCCUUCCUGCACGUUGCCACAGUCCUCCCCAACUAGGAGCAUGCUGGACUGCAGUGCGAACAGUCAGGCGUCGGAUCAGUUGGGCUUUGUGUCUAUGCUUGUUAAUGACAGCAUCAUCUCCAUGGACACGACAAUGGCGGCAGCGGCUGUGGACGCCUUUGAGGGUUUGUCCAGUGAUGAUAUCAUCACACUCACACUCACGGAGAUCAACGAGGAUUCAGUGAUGGAUCCUGCAGUUAUGGACUUGAAUGAUGUUCCCGACGACGCGCCAGAUAGCUCCUCCCUCUUACCUGCUGCAGCGCCUCACAGCGUGGCUGUGGAGAGCCCACCCUACCCCAGCUCUGCCGAGUCCAGUGACGACACGACGAAAGAUCCCGACUUUGAGCCGGCUAGCAAGACAACUCAGAGGAGAAGCAAAAUAAUCAUCAAACAACAACAAGCUAAAAAGUCAUCCCAAACAAAAGCACAGCUUCCUGCUUCUCUGCCCUCGCAGGAAGUGGACACUACCCUUGAGGAGGACACUCAAAGUGAACAGAGGACGUCACCCGUCUCCUCCACUGACACCACGCGGCCACCUUUGAACCAGGAAGAUCGCUGGUCCUACCUGCUCAGCAGAUAUCAUGUCAGUCAAACUAACAAGCUCCGCCCUACUGGACCCUCUAACCCUGUCAAUCAAAUCAAGCCUGCCCCUCCCAAUCCAAUGAAGAAACCUCAGGUUCCUGCACCAGUCUUCCAGAAACCUCAGCUGCACACGGAGGGCAGGGAUGACCUCCCGCUGAAGGCUGCGGAGAGGUUUGGAGCGUUUGGCAUGCAGAGCCAAGCUCCACCACAAUCUCCUGCACUUCCUUGCAACUCCUCGGUAGCUGCGUUGGCGACGAAGACCCUCCCUGAUGUUUCACUAUUGAAGAAACAUGGCAGCCCCUUAAAGCUUCUCACGGGCCUCAGCGACACAGAGGCCCUGCGCUACAAGCUCCUCAAGAAGCUGAAGGCCAAGAAGAAAAAGCUGGCCAAGCUCAACCAGCUGCUGGGUCAACAGGGCGCCGCCCAGCUCCACCCCGACAGCGCCCAGCUCCAUCCCGACAGCACCCACCUGGGCUCACCUGUCACAGUCACCUCCAGCACUUAUGACGGCUCCACCUGCGACAGCAUCCUCUCCGACCUCCUCUCGCCCGCCCCCACACCCAGCGACCUGUCUCCCGACAGCUCAGGCUUCCUCGACAUGCUCACCAGCCGCCAAGAUGGUGCCGGCAAGGCCGCCACGCAGAUCCUCAACGUGGCGCCUAAUGCGGAAAACUUCCUGGACGAGUUUCUUACGACAUCUGGAGCUGAGCAAGCGAUGGAGACGGAGGCACUUAGCGCCCUGGAGCUUUUCUUUUAAGGUGGUACCGAGCAACGUCAUCCUCCUUUGCUCAUUGGACUUCUUUGUUUAUAAAUUGAACAUCAUCUGUGUUUGACCCGAGCUGUAUUUAUUUUGAAUUUGGUUCAAAUGUAAGUUGGGACUCUUAUCAUAGACAUGCAAUAACUCCAAAUUUGCCAAGGACUUUGCUGAGACUGCUUUUGUGUGUGUGCAUGUGCUACGGACAUGACAUGUACGUGAAUCCCAACAUCGUGAGUGACAGCCUUUUUAAUGGAAAAUGUACAAAUUUCCACUUAAAAUUUGUAAUUGUGAAAAUUACAGCCAUUUUCUGUACAGCAUUUUAAACAUUGCUAACACAUGCUAACCAGCGGUGGUAGAUUUUUUUGGUUUCCCUUGGAGCGAAUUGCACAAGGUCCCUCAAUUUGUGUUGCCUCCAUAUUUAUUUGGACUAAGUUCUAAGUAAAGUACUUAUAGAGUCUUCUAGAUCCUCAACUAAAUGUAAAUGAAUUAAAGAUGGUUUUAUGUCAUUGGAAGCAGUUGUGUAUGAGAUCAAAUGAAAUGAUGUACCGGAAGUGGAUUUUUGUUGAAGUUGAAUUAAAUUAAGUUCAUUUUU